AUGGUGGCGGCGCGGCGGCAGCAGCAGCAGCAGCAGCAGCGGCGGCAGCAGCAGCGGCGCUGGGGGGUGCCGGUGCUGCUGGUGGUUUACGUGGGCUAUGUGGGGCUGGGUGCCGGCGUGCUGCAGGCGCUGGAGCGGCCGGCCGAGGUGCAGGCGGCCCAACACCUCCUUCGGCAGCACUGGGAGCUGCUCGCCAACCACACCUGCCUGCAGGGGCCCGCCCUGCAGCGGCUCAUCGAGGGUAUCAUCCAAGCCUACAAGAGUGGCAUAACCCUCCAGGGAAACACCACUAGCCUGGGCAGGUGGGACUUCAGUGGGUCUUUCUUCUUCUCCAUCUCUGCAAUAACAACCAUUGGCUAUGGGAACCUGAGCCCCAGCACUGUGGCUGGUCGAAUCUUCUGCAUCUUGUUUGCGCUCUUUGGGAUCCCCUUGAACCUUGUACUCCUGAAUGAAAUUGGGCAGCUGAUGCUGUUGGGGGUUCAGCAAUGCGCCCGUCGUCUAGAGGAGGUGUUUCACUGGCAGAAAAAAGCUUCCCUCCUGAUUAAAACCUGUGCGCUGGUAACUGGCUUGUUAUUGUUCCUCCUGCUACCUCCCUUGCUGUUCUCUGACAAAGAAGGCUGGUCUUAUGAAGAAGGCUUCUACUAUUCCUUCAUCACCCUCAGCACUAUAGGGUUUGGCGAUUAUGUGAUUGGGAUGAACCCAGACCGUACCUAUCCAGGCUGGUACAAGAAUGUAAUCUCUCUGUGGAUCCUCUUUGGGAUGGCCUGGCUAGCACUGGUCAUCAAAUUUUGCAUCAACUUUCUCGAGAGCUCCAGUGACUUCUGUCAGUGCAACAAGAAGAGCACAGAGAUGGCAGAAGACUUAAUGGAUGGCAACAAAAAUAGUAUGACGGGACUUCACGAUGUGGACAUCUGCAAUGACAAAGACACAAAACCAAAAAGACCAGAUGAAUCUCACACAUACACAGCUCCUACAGAAGCACUCUAGGGCAGAAACAUCUUUAGUGCACCAGAGAUGCACCACUUAGAAAUGCGGGAAUGGAGCUGCCCUGACGUUCACAUGGGGUGAAAGUUUGCUUAUUGAGCUUGCAAUGCUUCUAUUCUGAAUUGAGCAAUAACAACAAAAUGUUUCAUUUGCAGCACCACCAAGAAUUACCAAUGGGACUCUUAGCCAAAAGUAGAUUUACAGAGAUAUUACCUACCCUCCCACCUCAAUAUAUGAGGUUAACUUUGACAUCCGUACGCAACACUAGCUCUUGUCCUUUUCUUUGCAUGCAAAGUUCUUGUAGCCUCUAAUUGUACGUAUGGCAUUUUGCAAAUACCACAACUAGAAAAGCAAGUGCCAUUUAAUGCAGGAAACAAAUUGCAUGUUGCUAAAAGACUUAAUGAAAAACACUUUUUAAAGCCACCUGGCAGUCACUGCAAAUGUGCUCCAUCACCUAUAUGCUUGUGCUUGCUAAAGGUGGUAAGGUGCUUUUGCUCUCUGAUCAUUAGUAUAUGGAUGGCAAUGAGGCAGAGAUGCCUAAUAGAAACAGAUCAUUCAAUUUUUUAAAAGAAAUUUCUACAUCAGAGGUCCACUAAUAUUAAAAAGAGGCUAGGUAGGCUAUUCCUUACUUCUGAACUUAUGUAGGCUCAUCCUUUAUGAGAGUAUUAGUAGAAUAUUAAAGUAUUACGUAGACCAAAUGUCAUCAGCUAAAUGUGACAGUUUAUUUAGAUAGAUUUUUAUUUUGCCACAUCUUGGAAGCCAGAAAAGAAGGACUAGAGGCAGUUUUAAGCACCAGUGGUUCCAACAUUUUCCUGUGGCGAAUGUUAACAAGGGCUACUUUAAUCUAGAAACAGACUGAAGUAUCUUCAACUGUGAUCAAGAGAUGCUAUUCUGAUGAACUCUUCAUGUCAUAAAUUAAUAGUGUAUCUGUUCUAGCUAGCAUCUUUUAUAAAAGCACAACUAUCUUUUGAUCUGUGGAGUGCCAGACCUGCUUAUUUGGCCUUUGUGUCAAUCAUGAAACAGAACUGAUUUUUUUAAUUCCAUUAAAUUCUCAGAAAUCUUUUGAUAAAUUAUGCCAUUUAUAAAGGCCCAACACAGUCUAACUCCUGCUGCCGUUUAUAUACCUGUAUCUAAUCUUCUCAUUUUCUUGUUCCUGUUGUGCUAUUUGCAUCCUAGAGCAUUAACUUUGAAAACUUGACCAUAGCAGUAAACCGGAACAAAGCAUUUGGGUGAGCCUUCAGCUUCUGCAUUGAACCAAGAUUCUACAUGGACAGUGGAGAAAAGACUGAAAACACAGUUUGUUGGAGUACAGGACUCGGGAAUUAGAAAUACCCGUAGCUAGAUUCACAGAAAUACAGUGAGUGAAAAGUUUAGUCUUCAGGAACACAAGUUCUGGAACAUGUAUUGUGAAAAAAGUAUUUCCAGAGUAGGCCAGUCUGAGUGUUGAUACAUGGUGGAACUGAUUACAGGAGAAAAAGCAGGAAAGGAAUCUGCUGGAUGAAAUUUAGUCUGUCAACCUUGUGUCAGCCUUUUUGUCAUCGGCCUUUUGCCGACUCCAUAGUAAUAAAUGUUCUCUCAAAUACUGUUUCAAUGGACAGCAGAGCUAAGAAAGGGAGGUAGCGGCAAUCUUAGGUCAUAGUUGGGAAACUAAUGCAAAAUAAAUACAUUUCAAUUUUUUCAACAUUAGGUAAUUUCUUCAACAGCCUUUAGCAUAAACUUUUCUGUUUCUUCUAUGUUUUGUCUUGGUUUUUUUCCACUGAUCAAUACACGAUGUAGGUUUUACUAAUGUUCAUAAUGGGCUGGCCUACAAUAAGACCAAAGUGUAUUUCUUUAAACCUAAGUAAAUCACAAUUCCACAGCAUAAAAUGUGAUACCCUUUUAUGCAUAUCCUUUGCACCUUCCUUCAGGUGCAAAACUACAGUAAAUAUAACUGUAUUGUAAAAUCUGGAUGCCCAGAAGGUAGUAGGAGUUUCUGCUGUCAAAGCAUGGGAAUGACUAUGCUAAAUCUAUUUCAACUUUAACUUGAAAUGUCACAGGCUCUGGGGAUUUCUCCCAGCUCUGCUUUUUGAUGAGAAGGCUUAGCUUGAGAAGAGUUUCUUCUUUUCAAUUUGAAUGUCUAUUAUAUUAAUCACAUCUAAUUCAUAUUCCCAUGUAUUUGUAGUUUGUGCCUUAGAGGUUUGGGCACCCUAGUCCCACUGAAGUGCAGAGUCGCAUGCCUUAGGACAGCUAAUAUACACUUCUGAGAGCUAAAAGGAAGAGGAACUCUAGGUGUAGUCCUGAAAAAAGGAAAAAACAGUAAUUCUUCAUAGAUCUCAGUGCUUCCACUGUAUGUCAGGGUUCAGCCACAAAUCUAAGCAUGUGGCUGGGUCUCAGGGUGACUCAAUAUCUGCCCCAGCAAUCCUUGCUGAUUCGCUUCAUAUUCGUUCACAUUCACUUGCUGUGCUGUUGUAUUACCCAGCAGCUCACCACCAGCAUAGACCUGCCACUAACUGUCUGAUACAGCAUGCUUUACGGGAGGCACAUCUGAACUGCUUGCAAGCCGCAAGUUGCCUGCUUGGGUCCUGGAUCACCAAAAAAAAUAUGAAAUAAGUGAGUCAACUACUGCCUCUGCCUGGGUUCUCUGAUGCCAAAUUAGCAUGUUGUCACUUCAAAUAUCCUUUUAUUGACAGUUCCUCAGCUAGCUUUUGAUACAGCGAAUAGAUAUUAUUGUAUCUGAGUCCCCACAAACUGUUGUGCCUCUGGUCUUUCUGUUCUUUAUAAAGCUGUGUUGUGGUUAAAUGACAUGGAUGAAUUUGUUCCCAGAGGGAUGAGAAGAAAGUGGAAUUUUGCAACAUCACAGAAACAUCAUCACCAAUGUGUCUACUCUACCAAAAUAUGAAAGGUUAUCUGCUCAAGGGUAAAAUAAAGAAAACA